AUGGGCAAUGACUCUAAAUUGGUCAGCACUUUGUUACACCAGCUCGCUACAGUGUUUAAGAUUCGAGAUCUUGGCGCACCAGGUUUCUUCUUGGGUAUUGAAAUGGUCACAACAGGGAAUACUGUCAUACUCUCACAGCGGCGUUAUAUGUCAGAUAUCCUAGGGCGGUCCGGCAUGAUUGAUUCUAAACCACUUACCACACCUGCAGCUGUGACGAAGUUGGUAACUCCGUCCGAUGAGUUAUUUGAUAAUCCCACGCAAUAUCGCCGUAUUGUCGGCGCGUUACAGUACUUGACUAUCACGCGGCCUAAUCUUGCUUUCGCUGUCAAUCGUCUCUACCAGCAUAUGCAUUCGCCCACAACGGAACAUUGGGGUUUAGUAAAGCGGGUACUACGCUACAUUAAGGGGACAAUUGAUUACGGGUUGCGUCUCACUCCGUCAUCCUCAUCUGACAUCCACGCUUUCUCGGAUUCUGAUUGGGCUGGCUGUCCGAUAGAUCGAAAGAGUACUAGUGGGUUUGCUGUUUAUCUGGGUACUAAUCUUAUAUCUUGGCAGUCGAAGAAGCAACGUACUGUGGCUCGGUCUUCCACAGAAGCAGAGUAUAAAGCCCUCGCUGAUGUAUCGGCCGAGGUGACAUGGGUAGUCUCUUUAUUACGGGAGCUUGGACUACACUCUGGGGGUCCAACAACAUUGUGGUGUGAUAAUCUAGGAUCUACCUAUUUGUGUGCUAAUCCCGUGUUCCACGCUAGUACAAAGCAUGUGGAAAUUGAUUAUCAUUUUGUAUGA